CCGUCCCCCUCCAUAACUCCCACCCGCGCGCAUGGGCGAUCCGCGGGCCCGCACGUCCGCCGUGGCCGCCGGCGAGCUGCGGCCACCGGAGCCGGCGCUCGACCCGCUCGAGUUCCUCUCCCGCUCCUGGAGCGCCUCCGGGCGCGCGCUCGCGCCCACGCCGCCGCCGCCGCCGGCCGCAUUCGCGGCCAGCCCCAUCGCGGAGGACGCCGCGUGCGAGCUGGACGACGGGGGCGUCGUCGCCGCCGCGUCCGGGAGCUCCUUCUCCUUCGCGUCCGCGGCCACGUCGCAGCUCAUCAUGGAACGGAUCCUCGCGCAGUCCCAGGAAGUGGCGCCGCUCACCUCCGGCCGGCUCUCGCACAGCAGCGGGCCCCUCAACGGCGGCGGCUCCCUCUCCGACAGCCCGCCGGUCUCGCCGGAGAUCGAUGACGCCAAGUACUGCAGAGCGGCCAGCACGCCGAAGGCGCAGGCAUACCGGGCGGGCAACAAGACGGUGGGGCGGUGGCUCAAGGACCGGAGGGAGAAGAGGAAAGAGGAGACGCGGGCGCACAACGCGCAGGUCCACGCGGCGGUGUCCGUGGCGGCAGUGGCGGCGGCGGUGGCCGCCGUGGCCGCGGCCACGGCCACGGCCUCGGCGUCCGGUGGCAAGGACGAGCGCGCCGCGCGCACGGACAUGGCCGUGGCGUCGGCCGCGACGCUGGUGGCCGCGCAGUGCGUGGAGGCGGCCGAGGCCAUGGGCGCCGAGCGGGAGCACCUGGAGGCCGCCGUCGGGUCGGCCGUGAGCGUCCGGACGCCGGGGGACAUCGUCACCGUCACCGCCGCCGCCGCCACCGCGUUGAGAGGCGCCGCGACGCUGAAGGCGAGGGCUCUCAAGGAGGUGUGGAACAUCGCGGCGGUGAUCCCGGUGGAGAAGGGCCCGGGCCCGGUCGGCGGAGGAGGAGGAGGCCACCACCACCAACACCACCAGAAGCACGGCGCGCCCAAGCAGCAGCUGCACCGCAAGAUGGAUAGCGACGGCAGCAGCGUCAGCGACCUCUCGCUGGAGGAGGAGAACAGCUUCCUUGGCAUCUGCAGCCAGGAGCUGCUUGCUCGCGGCACCGAACUCCUCAAACGCACCCGGAAAGGCGCUCUGCACUGGAAGGUCGUGUCGGUGUACAUCAACCGGAUGGGCCUGGUGAUGCUGAAGACGAAGAGCCGGCACGUGGCAGGGACGAUCACGAAGAAGAAGAAAAGUGUGGUGGUCGAGGUGUGCAGGGACGUGCCGGCGUGGCCCGGGCGGCACCUGCUGGAGGACGGCGGGCACCGGCGGUACUUCGGCCUGCGCACGGCGGAGCGGCGGGUGGUCGAGUUCGAGUGCCGCAGCCAGCGGGAGUACGAGAUGUGGACCAAGGGCGUGGCGCGGCUCCUGAGCGUGGCCGCCGAGCGGAAGCGCCUGGCGUGACAGAUUGCGUGCAGGUGCAGCCCCGUGCCGCACAGGAAUUAUGUAGGUAGGUAUGCUAGGGCACGACCGCACGAGGUUGGAUUGGAUUUGUGGCGGUGUGGUUUUUUGUACGGGCUGGGAUGCGACGCCGGCGCGUGGAACGCCAUGCCAUGCCCUUGUGGGUGUGAGAAGGCGCUUGCUACGCUGAGCUGAGCUCUGACCUUGUUCUGGCUCUCUCUCUUUCUCUUUCUUGUAAGUUUUGCGUCUACUCUCUCUCUCUCUCUCGUUGGGCCAUACUACACUGUAGCUGGCGAAAGAUAAAUGCUUUGUUCUGGUGGU